UGGGGGGCUCAGUAACCUCCUGUACAAGUGUGCGCUGCCCGAGCACAUCCCGAGCGUGGGGGACGAGCCCCGGCAGGUGCUGCUGCGCGUCUAUGGGGCCAUCCUACAGGGCGUGGACUCGCUGGUGUUGGAGAGCGUCAUGUUCGCCAUCCUGGCCGAGCGUGCGCUGGGGCCGCGCCUCUUCGGGGUGUUCCCACAGGGCCGGCUGGAGCAGUACAUCCCGGUAGGAUUUGGGGUGCCCCCUGACCACCCUGACCCUCUCCCCAACCAGGGGGCACCCCAAAACUGGCAGUGCCCCCCCCCCCCCUUCCAGAGCCGCCGGCUGCGCACCGAGGAACUGCGGGACCCCCGGGUGUCCGGGGAGAUUGCUGCAAAGAUGUCACAGUUCCACGGGAUGGUCAUGCCCUUCAACAAGGAGCCCAAGUGGCUUUUUGGGACCAUGGAGUGGUACCUGGAGCAGAUAUCCGAGCUGACAUUCCCAGAGCAGGCACAGCUGGAGCAGCUGGAGCAGCUCCGAGGUUACAACCUGGAGCAGGAGAUGAGGAGCCUCAGGGACUUGCUGGAGUCCACCCCGUCCCCGGUGGUCUUCUGCCACAACGAUGUGCAGGAGGCGAACAUCCUGCUCCUGGAGGGGCGCGAGGGCUCCUCGGACCAGCUCAUGCUCAUCGACUUCGAGUACAGCAGCUACAACUACAGGGGCUUUGACCUGGGCAAUCACUUCUGCGAGUGGGUUUACAGCUACAGCCACGACUCCUGGCCCUUCUUCCAGGCGCACCCCGAGCACUACCCCAGCCGCCAGCAGCAGCUCCAUUUCAUCCGGCAUUACCUGGCCGAGGAUUCGGGACGGCGCGGGCAGCGUGAGCAGGAGCAGCUUGAGGAGGAGAUGCUGCGGGAGAUUGACCGCUUUGCCCUGGCCUCACAUUUCUUCUGGGGGCUGUGGUCCAUGGUGCAGGCCAAGAUCUCCACCAUCCACUUUGGCUACCUGGACUACGCCCAGAGCCGUUUUCAGGCCUACUUCCAGCACAAAGCCCGCUGCUCCUGAGAGGAACCCCAAAAUCCUAACCCACCCCCACCUCGGGCACUUUUUGGGGAGUUGUUGGAAC